GCGGUGUCGGGCGCUGCUCUCCGUGGGAGCCUCGGAAGGAACCUGCACGCAGAUGGGCGUUGACUCUCCCGGGUGGAAAUGAGGAGAAGCCUGGCUCCCAGCCAGCUGGCGAAGAGGAGGCCGCGAGGGGACGGCUCUGGCGAUGAGGGUGACCGGUCUCCCGAAGAGACUCCCAAGAGACAGAAACAUGGUAGCAAGCUUGGGAACGGAGAGUGCUAUAUGUCACCUUUUAGGAAGCCCUUGGCCCAGUUAACCAAUCAAUCUCACUACCUAGAUGGUAGAAAACAUGAGGCCUUUAUCCACAGCAUUUUGUCAAAACCUUUCAAAAUACCCAUUCCAAACUAUACAGGCUCCUUGGGCUUUAGGGCGCUGGGUAUCAAACGAGCAGGGGUAAGGCAUGCUCUCCAUGAUCCUUUUGAAGAAGGGGCUCUGGUGCUGUAUGAACCUCCAUCUUUGAGUGCUCAUGACCAAUUGAAAAUAGAUAAGGAAAAAGUGCCAGUUCAUGUUGUGGUGGAUCCUGUUCUCAGUUGCAUUUUACGACCCCAUCAGAGAGAGGGGGUGAAGUUCCUGUGGGACUGUGUCACAGGUCGUCGAAUUCCUGGAAGUCAUGGCUGCAUCAUGGCAGAUGAGAUGGGUCUGGGUAAGACCUUGCAGUGUAUCACUCUGAUGUGGACUCUUUUGCGCCAAAGUCCGGAUUGCAAGCCUGAAAUUGACAAGGCAAUCGUGGUCUCACCCUCCAGCCUGGUGAAAAACUGGUACAAUGAAGUGGGCAAAUGGCUUGGAGGAAGGGUUCAGCCAUUGGCUAUUGAUGGAGGCUCCAAGGAGGAGAUAAAUAAGAAGCUAGUUGGCUUUAUGAACCAGAGAGGCCUUAGAGUUCCAUCUCCCAUCCUGAUAAUUUCUUAUGAAACAUUUCGCCUUCAUGCUGAAGCUCUACAGAAAGGGAGUGUUGGGCUGGUCAUAUGUGAUGAGGGCCACAGGCUGAAGAAUUCAGACAACCAAACAUACCAGGCUCUGAACAACUUGAACACACCACGUCGGGUGCUUAUCUCAGGAACCCCCAUUCAGAACGAUCUCCUUGAAUACUUCAGUCUAGUACAUUUUGUCAACUCAGGGAUUUUAGGAACAGCUCACGAAUUCAAAAAGCACUUUGAAAUUCCCAUCUUAAAGGGCAGGGAUGCAGAUGCAAGUGGAGCAGAGAGGCACAAGGGAGAAGAGAGAUUGAAAGAGUUGAUCGGCAUUGUCAACAGGUGUCUGAUAAGGAGGACUUCUGAUAUUCUGUCCAAAUAUCUGCCAGUGAAAAUUGAGCAGGUGGUAUGCUGCAGGUUGACUCCCCUUCAGUCUGAACUGUACAAACACUUCUUAAAGCAAGCAAAACCAGCUGAAGAUCUGAAAGAUGGAAAGAUCAGUGUUUCAUCUCUCUCUUCAAUCACAUCUCUGAAGAAGCUCUGCAAUCAUCCUGCCCUCAUCUAUGAGAAAUGUGUGGAAGAGGAGGAAGGAUUUGUGGGUGCUCUGCAGUUGUUCCCUCCUGGCUACAACAUUAAAUCCUUAGAACCUCAGCUCUCAGGAAAGAUGCUGGUUUUGGAUUACAUCUUAGCAGUUACCAGGAGCACCAGCAAUGAUAAAGUAGUCCUAGUCUCUAAUUAUACUCAGACACUGGACCUCUUUGAGAAACUCUGCAGAACUAGAAGGUACUUGUAUGUCCGUCUAGAUGGCACCAUGUCCAUUAAAAAGAGAGCAAAGACAGUGGAACGUUUCAAUGCAGUCUCUAGCCCUGAGUUCAUUUUCAUGCUAAGCAGCAAAGCUGGUGGCUGUGGCUUAAACUUGAUUGGAGCAAACAGACUUGUGAUGUUUGACCCUGACUGGAAUCCAGCCAAUGAUGAACAAGCCAUGGCCCGAGUGUGGCGAGAUGGUCAGAAGAAGACUUGCUAUAUCUACCGAUUGCUCUCGACAGGAACAAUUGAAGAAAAGAUCUUCCAACGACAAACCCACAAGAAGGCACUCAGCAGCUGUGUAGUAGAUGAGGAGCAAGAUGUGGAAAGGCAUUUCUCUCUUGGGGAAUUGAAGGAGCUUUUCACACUCAAUGAAACCACUAGAAGCGAUACCCAUGACAAGAUCAAGUGCCAUCGCUGUGUGAAUGGAUAUCAGGUCAGACCACCUCCAGAGGGGACGGAUUGCACUUCUGAUGUCUCCCAGUGGAACCAUUGUGCUGAAAAACGUGGUCUGCAGGAUGCUAUCCUAAAGGCUGCCUGGGAUGCUGCUGUCACCUUCACUUUUCACCAUCAUUCCCAUGAGGAGCAACGGGGGAUACCAUGACCAUUGGAUUGGUUUAAUUGUUCUGAAAAUCAAGCUAUUAAUUUUUCUUCUAUACAAACAGAAAUUUGAUACCUCAUCAACUGUAGAUUGGUAGUAUUCAGGCAACUUCCCUUAUUUCCAUUAACAUAUUAGAAAAACUUUCUGUGCUGCUUGAUCUACUACAUAUACUAUCAUUGCAAAAACUGUUAGGUUGAUCACUUAUUCACACAGUGAACUACGCAACUGAAGAGCAUUGGAAAACCAGGUGUUUAACAAAACUCACUUUUUAAAAAAGUAUUUUCUUAAAAAGAGGUUUGUGCCUUUUUAAUCAUAGCAUUUGAGUGUUUGGGGGAAGGAAGAGACCAGAGAUGGAUUGCCUCUGAUUAACCAACAGGAAAUGCUUGCAUCUUUCAAGUCUGAGUAGGCAAGAUGGCUUGGGGGGGGGGGCGCUACUUAUCCAACUUGGACUAGAACUUUCGGAAAAUGAUAGCGAUCACAAGCCUUAACAAAUUCCAUGUGCAAUAUCUCAAUAAUAAUUUUGACACCUUUGGUUAUUUCAUUGUAUUUUUCUGGGCAGCCUACUGCUUGUAUCCUAACUUAUUACAAAAGAGUUCAUAGAUCAAAAUAACAGUCCAGUCAAAUUCCUUUCCCCCUUGCUAGGCUGCAUUCAGAUGUCAUAUGUAAUUGAUUAAAGAAAAACGUGCACAAACCCAGCUUGGUGGCAGGCUUGCAGGUGCUCCUCUUUUCUUGGACUAAGAACUGCAGUUGGUCACUGACUUAUGACAUAAAUAAAGGGAAGUGAGGAAACUGUGUUAGUUUCCCUCCCACUAAUCAGGAUCCUCAAUCAAGAUGUAACCUAUGCUUAGAAUCCUGGUUGGAGAUGGAGAGCUAACUCUGAUUCAGCCAUGUGUCUGCUUUUGUAUGUCGUGUUUAACUGUGUUGCAGCACUAGAUAAAAGGGUGAAAGUAGUAAGGUGCAUGUGCAGGUACAGAAAAAUGUCGGGCUUCUGCACAUUUAUUUUUCUUUAAUAUGGUUAUAUUUGAUGGCUGAAUGUAGAAAUAUACAAUAAUGUAAGAAGAGAAGAAUAUUGUGUGGGCUGUUGCUGUGAGAUGGGUAUUGGGUAGGGCAGAACACAAGGAUAACUGCCUAUUUGAAAUGCUGUGGAAUAUUUAUGUAAGAUGAAGACAUUAUCUAGGCAAAUGACUCUAUUUUGGCUCACUUGCAAAGCUGCACUGAAAUGUGUUACACUGAGGAAAGCUACAUUUUCCAAGAGCGGGGAGGCAUUUGCUUUGUUUAGUGAUUAUAUUUUGAAAUCUUGCAUGUUGGAAUUAUGUUUAUGAAACUGGCUCAAAGAAAAGCAAAAAAGAAAAAUCAUGAACAUGUUUUCUGAUUUUCUUGACCACCUCCCCACCUGUGGAAAAGAUUAAUGAUCUUUAGUCUGAAGACAUGCUUUAAAAGCUUUCUUUUUUGCAUUUUAAAGGGAUGUUGGUAAAACUCAUACCAUACAAAUUAUUAAAACUGGCUUUAUUUUUGUAAGAAUAUGCAGUUCAUUUAAAAUCAGAUUUAAAAUGCAUCUUGGACUGCAACAAAAUAAAGUACUCUUGUGGUAGUAGAAUCCAUUCCAUCUCAAAAGCAAAAUGUGCGUGAGAUCUUCAGAGCAAGGAGAAAUUCAUCGUUAACCAACUUGAUGCUUUUAAUAACUUUUUGUUGAUUGAAUAGUGAGGAUAAACUGGGUUUACAAGUUAAAAGUUCAAAAGCUGUUCAGUCUGAACUAAUAUUUAUACUUAAUUACCUCCUUUUCAGCAGUUUCAGCCUGCACAACUGUGCCUCUUGUUUGUUUGUGUGUUUCUUCCUUUUCCCCUCCGUUUUAAGGAUGUUGGUUCAGCUUCUGUUCUUUUAAACAUAUGAGGCCAAUAAAGUUUCUGGUCAUUAGUACUUCAGACAACUCAGAGAUAGCAGAAAAAAUACAACUCUGCCAAAUUAAAUGACAUUACUGAAGAAGAAUGGGUCCAUACAGAAGAAAAGCUUCUCCUAUUAGGUAAUCAGACAAUGACUGAAGACCUCUCCAAUGAUCCAGGUAGGUUUAGCUUUAAAGGAUUCUACUGCUUCCAAACUUAGAAAGAAUUACCUGUAUUAGGACUUCCUACCAAGAGAGUCUUAGUUCAGGGUAUUAUUGGGACUCCCUUAAUUUCCUGCCAAAAAUCUACCUCAGUGAGUUGAGACUGCCUCUAAGCAUCAUUGUCCUUUUUGCCUAGAUACCUCCUUACUGAACCUUAUUUGGAAAUAUUCCCUGGACUUCUAUCAAUUCCUGUUAGUUCACCUUGCCGUAUCCUGCCUUUAAUACUUGCCAAGGAACCUAUUAUCUUAAUUCAUACCCUAUAACUGAGGCUAGAAACUUGCCUCAGAUCAUAGAUCCCUUGUGCUUCUACAGACCUCUCCAUCUGUUGCUACAGAAACUUCCUGUUUGCAUGUUAUGUGCUUUGCUUUUCUUCUCUAGGGCUUUGCUUGGGUGUGCUCGCUGGAGCUCCUGUAAGUUAGUUUUACUUGCCUCUAAUUCAUCUAUGUUUGUCUAGCUAUGAGGCACCCAUUUUCGACAUAACAAAAAUGCUUCUUUCUUUCCCCUUUAG